AUGCCGCCAGAACCACAAACACCACCAGCAUCGGCAUCCUGUUACGAUCGUAAAAAUCCACUUGAUGAAGAGAUUACGUUGACUAGUUGUAUGUUGGUCACAGAACCAGACAUACCACCCGCUAAAAAUCAAGCUGCGAAUAACCAGGAUAAUAUGUUUAAUAUUUUAAUAGAAUGCAAUAGUACAAAAGUAAAUUUUUGUAAUAAAGUUAAAAAAACUUUGGAAAAGACAGGACAAAUUAUUUCUAAAAUUAUAAAAUUUAAAGAACAAGUUGUGGUACGGAUUUCUUUUAAACCAUUGGGUCAAGCAGGACCAUCUAGAGUGAUUGGGUUGAAAAGCGGAGACGGAGUAGUUAGACUGUAUCCACAAGCAUUAGCAAAGCAGUUUGGGCUUAAAACACAUCCGGAAUUUUUACCUAACGAUAUAAUAGCAGAAUUUAGCUCCGAAUUUGAUUUUUGGUUUGAAGAAGAUGGGAUAGACAUUGCUCCAACUCAGAUAGGAUUUUUACAUGUGACGUUACACGAAUUCUUGCAUGGCUUGGGAUUUCAUACACUCUGGAGAAAUUAUUUUAGAAAAGCAAUAACAGAACUGACACCACUAAUAGAUGGAACCAUUUUACCAAAUAACAAGAUAAUAUUUAAUGGAUUUAUUGAGGGUAUAUUUGAUAAAUUUGUAGUCUUAACAUCAAACGGUACACCAUUAACCGAUCUUACAAACAAAUUAAAUGAAUUUGCUCCAAAAGGAACGGAAUUUGAUUCAUUGGAUAUUUUUUAUUCCAAGUUUAUUGUAUCUCCUCAAUAUAAAAUUGCAACUGAUAUGUUAGCAACUAGUACAACACCAUUAUCAUUAGCUUUAUUAACGGAAGGUUUGGUAUUUCAAAAUAUUGUAGCAAACAAAACUGCCUAUGAUCAAUUAUUUUAUUUGGAAACUAGUUUACUACCUUUUCAACGAGGAUCAAGUCUUAGUCACGUGAGUGAAAAAUUGUAUACAGAGACCUCUGAUUUCCUAAUGAGAUAUCGAAUCAUGAGAGGUGUAAGCUUAGAAGACUCAAUUAAGGCUGGUGGAAAUUAUGCCGGAGGAGCAAUCGGACCUAAACUUCAAGCUGUUUUAGAAUCGUUGGGAUACGCAACUAAAAAUAAACCAAAUCCAGAAAUACCAACUUUGCCUUGA